CUGUUUGACAUCUCUUCAAAGUUUACCAACGUGUCAUACAGAGAGAUGGUCUGUUAACGUUUAUGCCUGACACAAUGCUUGUGAUUAUUCUACUGACAGUAUCCGCUACUUUAGUGGAAGGGACAUACGUUGCAUCUUUUCCGAACUCACUGCUUCCUGGAAUAUCUUUGAAGAUCCGAGUCCAUACUUCAAGUGCAAGUGCAAACGUUCAUGUUGGUGCAAGCCUGAAAUAUGCCCAAAAUGAUACAGUUGUUCAAACGGCAUCAUCAUCUGUGCAAAAUGGAAUUUCAAAAACUAUAGAUUUAAAAGUACCAGACAACCUGAUGCCAUCCCAGUACAAAGUAAGCAUUACUGGUUCCGGUGGAUUGAGUUUUCAUAAUGAAUCGAAAAUACACUAUGAGGAGGAUAGCCUAUUUCUACUUAUACAAACGGAUAAGUCGCGCUACUCUGCAGGGCAGUUAGUGAGAUUUCGAGUAGCUUUCAUCCUACCGAACCUAUUAAACUAUCAGGGUAAAGGAACAAUCACAAUAAAGGACGGAAAGGGAAACAAAAUAGAAGUCAUUGGACCGCAACAAGUAACAGAUGGUGUUAUGUCAGGAAAACUGCAGCUUAGCAACGAACCGGUGUUUGGAGAAUGGGAAAUCAUUGCAGACGCUAGGGAAACAUCCUCUUCUAAAGUAAUUGAAGUGUACGAUUACAUUCUACCAAAAUUUCUCGUAGACAUCAAGAUGCCAGAGGUAAUCAAGACUACACAGGCCUCGUUGCCAAUUGACAUUAGCGCAAGGUUUACAUUUAACAAAGAUGUUCUUGGAAACUGUACAAUACUUAUAUACAACGAAAAAAAGACAUGGUACAAUAUGCAAUUUUCUAAAGAGAUUCAAGGAACGACCAGGUUUACAAUACCAAUGUCCCAGUUCAAAGGACGUUUGGAGGUUUAUUCCAAAAUAAAUAUAAGAGCAACAGUUACAGACCAUGCAACGGCUCUAUCAAUGGUGACCGAAAGGGAAAUAAAAUUCACAUUUGACGAGGUGCUACAGCCACUUACUAUCAACAAAGUAGAUUACAAAGACAGCUUUAUUCCUGGAAUGACUUAUGAAACAAAUGUAAGCGUUAUUGUCAAAAUAGCAAAGUAA